CCGUGGUGGUGGUGGUGGACAGACUGCGACCCAGGAGGUUCCCACUGUGGUGGGCUACAAAAAACACUUAUUUAACCUAUAUCUAAAAGCGGAACCUUUGAGUCCACAGGCGUAUGUUGGAUAUUUCGUGUCGGCUAAUAUCUGGUCGGACUAAAGCGGACAGCAGAGCGUGUGCUGAAGGUAUGACAUUGAGCAGAUAGGAGUUUGUCUGGAGAAUCUACUAGCAUGCUUUUCCAUUUAAAAUUUAUGGAUGUUACAGGAUGAAACGUCUCAGGUCCUCAAGCAGCAGCGACAGUUCUGAUAAUGAGAGUCCCUCAACUUCUUUCUGCUCCUCCAACAAAUAUGGCAGUAAACCAGGAACCCCCGCCUCCAACCCAAAGAAACCGGCUGAAGUGUUCAGAAAAGACCUGAUCAGUGCCAUGAAGUUGCCUGACUCCCACCAUGUCUCCCCAGAGGACUACUACCUUCUGGCAGACACCUGGAAGCAGGAGUGGGAGAAGGGAGUCCAGGUGCCAGCAAGUCCAGACACAAUCCCAGAGCCAUCAGUCAGAGUCAUUGCACAGAGGUCCAAAGAAGUUCUUUACACCCACCAGAGGAAAUACAUUCAGUGUUCGAGCCAAGAGUCAACAGAACCAGGUUAUGUCAACAUCAGAGAGCUGGCGGAGGCCAUGUGUCGCUACGAUCUGGACGACAUGGACCUCUACUGGCUGCAUGCACUCAACAGAGAGCUGGACCGCAUGGGGGAAGAGUCCAUAGAUGAGCUGACGAUGGAACGUGCCAUGGAGGCCUUGGAGAGGCAGUGCCAUGACAACAUGAACCACGCCAUCGAGACAGUGGAGGGCCUGGGGAUUGAGUACGACGAAGAUGUUAUCUGCGAUGUGUGUCGCUCCCCUGACAGCGAAGAGGGGAAUGAUAUGGUGUUCUGUGACAAGUGCAACAUUUGUGUUCACCAGGCCUGCUAUGGGAUUGUCAAAGUGCCUGUUGGGAACUGGCUGUGUCGGACAUGUGUGCUUGGUAUCGACCCGCAGUGCCUUCUGUGCCCCAAGAAGGGCGGAGCCAUGAAGGCUACACGUGCAGGCACCAAAUGGGCUCAUGUCAGCUGUGCCCUGUGGAUACCAGAGGUGAGCAUUGCUUGUCCUGAGAGAAUGGAGCCCAUCACCAAAGUCUCUCACAUCCCACCCAGCCGCUGGUCUCUUAUCUGCAGUCUGUGUAAAGUGAAGACAGGAGCAUGUAUCCAGUGUUCAGUGAAGAACUGCACCAUUCCUUUCCAUGUGACGUGUGCCUUUGAGCACAGCUUGGAGAUGAAGACGAUCUUGGAUGAAGGUGAUGAAGUGAAGUUCAAGUCCUUCUGUCUCAAGCACAGCAAGUCCAAAUGUGGAGAGGCGGGCCUGAGUCCAGCUCGCGCCAAAGCCCCCAGUGAGGUGGGGAAGGUGGGCCAGCGGGCGCAGAGACUGCAGGAGCUAGAGGAGGAGUUCUACACUCUAAUCCAUUUGGACGAGCUGGCAAAAGCUCUCUGCCUCUCACAGCGCCUGGUGGACUUCAUCUAUCAGUACUGGAAGCUGAAGAGGAAAAUAAACUUUAACAAAGCUCUGCUGCCCCCUAAAGAGGAGGAGGAGAAUCUGGUGCUGCAGCCUCAGGAGGACAGCAUCCACACACGCAUGCGGAUGUUCAUGCACCUGCGACAGGAUUUGGAGAGGGUGAGGAAUUUGUGUUACAUGGUGAGUCGGCGAGAGAAGCUGAAACUGCUGCAGAGUAAAGCCCAGGAGCAGAUGUUCAACUUACACAUAAAGCUCAUGGACCAGGAGCACUCUGCUGGACUUCCUGCUUCAUUUCCAGUGGAGAACAUGCUGUUUCGUCCUCCGCCGAGGAUAACGCUGAAGCUGAAAAUGCCUAAAACAUCAAGUUUAGGAAAUGGAAACUCUGGUUCCAAAUCUGGCAAUGGGCCGCUCUGUCCAGACAAUAGUGGGAAUGUUACUGAGCAUGCUGGAGAAGGGCUCGGUCAGGGAAAACCUCAGCUGCACAGUCGCAACCGGAGAGAAGAGCGCUCCAACGGCCGGCUGACAUCAUCGAGCCUCUCCAGCAGCUCACCGUUGCCCAUUAAACCAUCUGGUAAACCGUUAGCCCUGCACGCUGCACUCCACGGCCACUCAUCCAACGGCAAGCUUGACCAAGACAGAGAAUGUUUGACCAAAUCAAACGGGCUUCUGGAGAAGUACGUGGCUCAGAAGGAUAGCUCUUGCCAAACACCCGUUGACCAGGACACUUCUAAUGAGACUUUGGACAAAGGCAGCUUUCGCAAAUCCGCCAUGGAGCAUUUUGGCAGAUCGUUCAAAGAGGCGACUAUUAACUUGGUACGGACCACAGAGGACCUGCGGGCCUCAGACAAACUGUCCCGCAAAGGCUCUGCCAAGGAGAGGCUGUGGGUUAAGCCCGGGUCUGAACAUAAAGUGAAAAGCACACGCUCAUACCAGGACAGCGACGGAUACUGCCCCGACCUGGAGCUCAGCGACUCGGAACCAGAGGCUAAAGGCAGGCGCCGGCCGCAUGUCAGGCUGCUGCAGGCCGACGCCCCCAGGGGUGACUGUAGGAAGGGGGUGAGUCGUGGAAAGCAGUCGCUGGGCUCCAGACACUCCAUGCAAAGGUGACAGCUGUUGGUUGACUCCUGUCCCUCUGGCAGUCUUCCAAAGUUGCAGGCCGUCUCUGACCACAUCUCUGUCAGGGACCAGACCUCGCCAUCGAGCUGACGUCGCCAUAUCCUGUAGCUGAGACGAGAGGCAUGACCUACUGUUGUCAAGAGCAUCUCGAACAGCAGAGUCUGGUAUCAGUGUUUGUUGUCUGAGGUUUUCAUGCUGCAUUCCAUUUAUACUCUACAUUUUGUUAUUUGUAAUAAACAGCCCUAUUUCUUUACACACUUUAAUUUGCCUUACAAAAUACUGUUGUACAUAUGGUGGGAUGUAAGUUAUGUGUACGUAAAUCACUUGUUCUGUUUUGGUACAUCAAAAUCAACCUUUGAAGAAUAUUUGCUCCUUAUUCAAAUGGAAUUAGUAGUGAAAUAGAGCAUCUGCUGCACCUGCUACCUUCACAGUUUACCUCUUUUUUUAUUAUUCAGGUGAUAAAACAACUUAUUGACCUUUUUUGUUGAGCAGUGGCGUUAUUUUCACAAAAACAGAUGCCUUUUAUGUUUACAGAUGAAGCAGCAUUGUACCAUUAUUACAUGUAGUUCUUAAGGUCCAGUUUAGACAGUAAUGUUUCCGUAUAGUCCAUGCUCUUCAAAAUACGAACAAAUGUGUGUAGUUACAUUCCCUGAUAUUUGCAUCGGUGCCAACAAACCUGAAACUGGAUCCAGUGGAGUAGAGAUCUGGAGUGGAAAGCAGUCUGACAUUUAUUUGUAGUCUCACAUUAAACUGUCAGUUGUCAUGAUGACAGACUUUUAAUACAAAAUGACUUUGGGAUUUUUUUUUUUUUUUUUGUACUGUAACUUGAAUCAUUGAUUGUAGAAUAAAUAUUAGGACAUAACUGGUUGACAAGGGCUGAACAAUAGCUGUUUAUUUCCUGUGGUAACAGCGCUGAUACUAAAAGCUGAGUGAAAAUCUGUGUUAAUGCAAAAAACAUUUCUUUGAUGUAAUAAAAAGAUAAAUAGGUUUUUCAAAGGAGACAACAACUUUGCCCAGUAGAAUACAGGAAAAACUAAUUCAAGAGGUAAAACAUGAAUAUGACCAAGGAUGUCAAGAACCAGAACCUGAAGUUUUCUUGUUUACUUCCAUUUCCACAAAGUUGGUGCUUUGUUAAAACUUUUGAAUGAAACUUGUCAUUAUCACUUGAUAAUCAUCUCACAAGGCCAAACCACAGCAGACGGAAUUGUUUCACAUGUUAAAUAUGUACUGGGAAGAAUUUCACAUAGCAGGGGCGUCACUACAACCCAAUGUACCUCUGAUCAUAACACUACAUAUUCACAAAACCAGAGAUGUCAGUGAAACGUCACCAACCUGCAUCACAGAUGGUUUUACAAACACUCCCUCCACUGACAAACAGGAGUUAUUUAUUGCAUUCUUUGUGCAACACAUCUUCAUGUGCAGCAUGUGUGAGUUCUGUUGCCAUUUUUAAUUGUUCUGUUGUUUAUCAUGUAUGUCUGUAAACAGCCUGCAAACACUGUUAUGACUGUAUGAAGAGUGUGGAUUGUGAAGUGCAAAAAACAUUCAGAGAUGGAUUUUACAAUGAAACAAGGACCCACAUGUUUCACAUUGUUAUAUUUCUUUUUUUGGAAAGUACAUUUUUAAAAUAAAUCUUUAAAGCCAG